AUGAUGAGUGACGCAAACAAAAGACAGCUAAGAACAAGAAGAAAAAAAACUAUGAAUUCGUUAUAUUAUAAUAGUGAUUAUAGUAAUGACAUAAGUAUAGAAGAUUCUAAAAGUAGAUUAAGUGGUGGCAAGAAAAGUGAGGGUAGUUCUAGUAAAUCAAAAGAUGUUACAUCAUCUUAUAAUACUAAGAAAUAUAGUCUUAACAAUAAAAAUCAUAAACAUAGUAAAAAUAUUAUGUAUCAUAAAAAUAUUAUUUAUAGUGACGAGUAUAUGAAUAAUAUCAAUGAGGACAAUGAAGAAAUAAAUGAAAAUCAUUUGUAUGACGAAAAUAAUGAUAAUAAUAUGAAUGAUGAUAUGAAUGAAAAUAAUAUAAUAGAUGACGAUGAAAAUGAAAACACAAAUCUUGUAAAUAUAGACGAUGAAAAUAUGAAUGAUGAUAAUAAUAAUGAAAAUAAUGAUAAUAUUGAAGAUAUGACUAAUGACAUGAAUAAUAAUAUAAGUCAUAAUAAUAUUAUUAACAAUGAUAAUUCAUAUAAUAAUCAAAUAGAUAAUACAUUUCUUAAUAUAAAUAAUAAAAGAAAAGAUGAGGAACAUAUAAAUAAUGAUGAUGAAUAUAUUCAUAAAAGUAGAGAUAAGAAAAAAAGUGGAUCAUUAGUACAUAUAAAAAAUGAAAAUACAAAUAAAUUCGAUCAUAAUAAUAAAAAUAAAAAAGAUAGUGUAAGUGCAAAUGGAUCUAAUAAAAAUAAUUCUAAUACAUCUAGUAGUAAUAAUCGUAGUAGACAUGUACCUAAUAAUAACGAAAUAAAUUAUGCAAAAAUGGCUGAAAAAUUACCUCAUGUUGUUGGGGUUAGAUUUGAUAAAUCACAAAAUAGAUGGCUAUCUGGUAUAUGUAUUAAUGGUCGAUGUAUCAACAGAUAUUUCCCAGUAUAUAAAUUUGGAUUUGAAGAAGCUCGUCGGUUAGCUAUUCAACAUAGAAAAAAUUUUGAAACAGCUAAUGUAGGUCACUUAAAAAAACAACAGGGUGAAGCUAAAACGUCUCACUUGAAUUUGUUGAACCUUAACUCGCAACUACCCAAUGACUUUAAAGAUAUCCAAGGAAAAAAUAAACUUAUUUUCAAAUACCUUUCUUAUGACUCCAUUCAAAAAGAGUGGGUUGUAACAUACGAUUAUGACAACAAGGUUCUCGUUAAUAAAUUUCCUGUAGACAUAUAUGGAUACAAUAAUGCCUACGAAAUGGCUGUUCAUUGUAUCAAUAAGCUUAAUAUAUGUAAUCAGGAAAAGUUAUGUAAAAAUAUUAAUAAGCAAGAGAAUUCUAGAGGAUUACAAGGUGAUUUGUUAAAUAAUUUCAACGAUAAUAAUAAUAUGAAUGAUAAUAAUAAUAAUAAUAAUAUACUUGAUAAUAAUAAUUUGAUUGAUAAUAAUAAUAAUAAUUCAUAUGAUAAUAAUAAUUUAAAUCUAUAUAAUAAUUCAAGUGAACAUAAUAAUAUGUGUGAAGAUUUGAGUUCUUUUAAAAUACGUAAAAAUAAAAUAAGUAAGUUAAUUAAUUCUGCACAAGCAAAUUUUUUAAUGAAUAAUCAAAAAUCAGAAUUGCCUUUGAAUGAUAUUCUUAAUAAUGAAAAUAUAAUGAAUAAUCUAAUUCAUGAGAAACAAAAAUCAAAUAUAAACAAUAAUAAUAUUAAUAAGAAAUUAGAAGAAUUAGAAAAUAUGAGAAAAGAAGAUACUAUGUUUUUAAAUGACAGUUCUUCUUAUUUAAGUGCCAACGAUAUAAAACUAUUGAAUGGUAUUAAAAGAUUAAAAACAGAUAAUUCACCUUUUAAUAAACAGGAUGACGAAUUUUUAUUAAAUUAUAAAAAUUUGAAUAAAUAUUCUUCUACUAUGCAAAAUAAUAAUAAUUAUGAUAUUUUAAAUGAUUCAAAUUAUAAUAUAUUACAAAAUGAAGGAAUGUUUUCUUUAAAUGAUAAAAAAGGGAUAAAUAAUAAGGAUGUGUCCAAAAAUAAAAAUAAUACAAAUAAUAAUUAUUUUAAACCUUUCCAUGAUGAAGCAGAAAAUAAUAUAUAUCAGUUGUUGAAUGGAAAAUAUUUAACUAAUGAGGAUAAAAGUGUGCAUAUCAAUCUUUUGAAUAGUGUAAUGAAGCAAAGUACUAUGAACAAAUUAUCAAAUGAAGACGAUCCUUUUGAAAAAAGAGAAAAAAAAAGAAAAUCAAAGAAUAAUAUGCUUGAACAAAAAGGAGAUGAUCAAAUUAUGAAUAUGAAUAAAAGGAUCGAUAAUAACUUAGUUAAUAAUAAUAAUAUAAAUGCAUUUAACAACAACAAUAAUAAUAAUAAUAAUAGUAAUAAUAAUAUUAGUAAUAAUAAUGGUAUCCCUUUUGGUGAUGAAAAUUUUGAUGCAUUGUCAUUCGAUGAUUAUCGCAAACGUAUAAGUAGUAAAAAGAAUAAUUAUUCAAAUAUAGGAGAUAACGAAAAAUACAAGAAAUUAGCUAACGGAUUUUUAGAUGAUGGUGAAGUAUUAUCUAAAAAUUUAAAUGAAUUAAAAAUGUAUCAUUUAGCAGGAAAAAAAGAAAAAGAUAAUAAUAUGAAUAGUAUGAAUAACAUUUUAUAUAAUAAUAAAAAUAAUAUGAAGUAUUAUACACAUAACGAACAUCAUAAGAAUGAAGAAAUAAAAAGAAAUCAACUUAAUGAAAACAUAAAUCAUGAAAAUAUGCUAAAUUUAAAUCAAAUGAUAAGAAAUAUACUUAAUAAUAAUAGUGUAGAUAAUAAUGAAAAAAUAAUAAAAGGAAUAAAUAUUUUAAAAAAUAUGACUAUGAAUGAAAAAUUUAAUUUGAUUAAUUUUAAUAAUCAUUGCAUGAAUUAUUCUUAUAACAAUAUGAUGAAAAAGGAAAAUUAUAUUAAAAAUAUAUAUAAAAUUAUUAAUAAGGGUUCUGAGGAUUCUAUUAAUUAUGAUGAAUAUUUGACAGUCAAGUUAGAUGUUGACGAUAGUGAAGAAAAAGAUCAAAAUGGAGAAACGAACAAAAAAUACAAUACAUCAGAGGCAUAUAAUGAAGGAAAAAUUAAUAAAAAACAGAAGAAGAAAAAAAAAAUGAAACAAAAUAAACUAGAUGAAAAUAUUACUGUAAAUAAUGAAAUGAUAGGAGAAGGAGACAAUGACAAAAUUGAAGAUACUAAUAAAAAUGAUGAUAUGUCAAAUAAUUCAGAAGAUACAAAUAGAGAUAUUAUAAGUGGUGAAAAAAAUUCAAAUGAUUCGGAUGAAAAGGAAGAGGAAGAUAAAGAGGAAGAGAAAGAGAAAGAAAGAGAUGAUUAUAAUGAGAAUAUAUAUAAUAAUAUGAAUACAGAUAAUAAUACAUCAAACAGUAAUGACGAUAAUGAACAAAUAAUUAAUAAAGAAAUAAAUACGUCUAUAAAUGAAUUUAAUGAUAUUGCUUUCCAAUUGUGUCCUUGGAAAAAAGGUAUACAAUGGAAUUUGUUAAAAAAAAUGUGGACGUGUAAAUUAUGGGAUAAUAAAGGAAAUGAAAUUACAAAAAAUAUUCAUAUAAAAAAAAAAGAAGGUAUUGAUAUUGGAUAUAAAUAUAGUAUAAAAAUUCGAUCAAAUUCUUUUAUUUUUUAUCUAUCAAAAGAAUUAAAUAAAUUUCCACAUAUUCCUGAAAUAUCAUACGACUUACAAAAUCUUCAUUUCGUUGUAUCUUAUAAAGAUAAUGAAAAGAAAAUCUAUUCCUUUGAAGAUGGUAUUUAUAAAUCAUUUAUAGAUUGUAUGGAAUAUCUAAACAAACAAAAAAGAGAAUAUAAUGAAAAUAUUUAUGAUAUAUCCAAUUUUAUAAAAGAAAAAAAUAAUCUAGAAUUAGAUGAUAUAUAUAAAGAAUUAAAUUAUUUCGAAUAUAAUAGAAAUGUAUUAAGUAAUAUUUGUGAAGAAACAAAAAUAGCAUAUAGUAUAAAACCAUGGUUAAGAGGUAUUAUAUGGGAAGAUAAAUUGAAAAAAUGGAUAGUCUUUUUUAAAGAUAAAAAUGAAAACAUGAGAAUUAGCUUUUUCAGUAUAUCAGAUUAUAACGAUGAUGUUAUUAUGUCUUAUAAUAAAGCUUGUGAAUAUUUUUCACAAGUUAAAGAAUCAAAUAAUUUUGAUUCAAAUUCAGAGGAAUUUGCUCAAUCCAUUAAAAAUGUUAUUAAAAAUAUUCAAUUUGAUAAAAUAAUAGAACAACAAAACGAGGCAACUAUGAAUGAUCACAAAAAAGGAAAUUUGCAAGAACAGAAUGAUAUACAAACAAAUUAUUAUAAUAAGGUUACACAAGGAAAUGUAGGAGAAAACAAUAAUGAUAAUGAAGCAGAAAAUGGUAUGGGCUCUCAAAAUGCCUUAAAUGUAAAUGAAAAUCAUGUGAAUAAUGUACAUAUAUUAAGAAGUCCUGAAGUAUUAUAUAAUACUGGAGAAAAACAAACAAACCAUUUCUUAAAAGAAAAUAAUAUUUCGAAUGAACACAAAAAUAUGGAAACAUUUUAUAAUGAAAACUCUUAUUAUAAUGAUGAUAUUGCUUUUCUAAAUUAUGCUGAUUGUAAUGAUACACUUAUUUCAAAAGGGAUGCCUCAAUAUUUAUCAUUAUCAUCAAAAAAAAGGAAGAAAAAAAGAACUACUGAAGAUAUAUAUAAAAGCAAACUUGAUGUUUUAUCUUAUCCAAAUAAUGAAUUAUAUAGCAAUGUAAAAAAAGAAAAUUAUGAUGAAAAUAUAUUAGAGAAUAAUGGAAAAUAUGGAAAUAAGAAAAUUGAACAGGAGUAUUUAAGUUGCAAUGAAAAUAAUAUAAAUAAUAAUACUUAUAAUAAUAAUAAUAAUAAUGAUUAUACAAAUGAUGAUAAUCAUAGUAGUAAAGUGUAUUCCUCUGAUUGUGAAAAGGGUACUAAUAAUAACAGAAAGAAUGAAGAUACAUAUGAUCAAGAUAAUAAUGAAUAUUUUUAUAAUAAAGAUAAAUUAUUAUUUGACAAUGAUAAUGGUAGAAUACCUAGAGAUAUUAAGAAAGAACCAAACAAUAUAAAUAAUGAAUAUAAUUUGGAUCAAUUAAAUGUUGAUGAUAUUAAAAAUAUUAAUAAUAAUCAUCAUAAUAUUAAUAAUAGUAUUAUUAAUGGACCAUCAAGUGAUGGAGAAACCAUAAUAUUGUCACAAUAUAACAAAAAUGAUGAUGAGGAAGAUGAUGGAAAUAAUACAGAUAAUUCAAAAAUAUUAAGAAGUUUUGAAAAGUGUUCAAAUCAAAAUAGUGUAUCUAUAAAUAAAAGUAAUGAGAAACUAGAAAAUAUUUUAGAGGGAGGAGUAAAUAUGAGAUUACCAAAAAGUGAAAUAUUAAAUCAAGCUUCUAGAUUACCAAAAUUACAAGGUAUGUUUUUUGAUAAGAGAAGAAAUUAUUGGACUGUUAGUGUCUGUGGUUUUAGAAAAUCAUUUGGUGUUAGAACAAGAGGUGUAUAUCAAGCAUAUAAAUUAGCAGCUGAAUUUCGUAAUCGUAUAUUAGAAAACAAUAAAGGUAAAUAUUAUCCUCAAAGAAGUACAAGUAUGUCUAGUAAUUAUAAAUAUAAUACAAAAACUGGAUCAAUUAUUAUUAAAGAUGAAAAACUGAAUUAUAGUAAUAUAUCUGAAAUGACAUCUCUAGAUGAUGAUUAUGAUCAGAAAAAAAAGAAAGGUUCCUUUUCUUCUAAUAAUAAUAUUAAUAAUAUUGAUAAAGAAUUAUAUUCAUUAAAUGACAAAGAAAGUAAUAGUAGCGGUUUAUAUUAUUCUUUUAAUGUAAAAGGUAAAACUAGUUCAAAUAUAUAUGAUUAUUUUUUAGAUAAAAAAGACAAUGACUAUUUCGCAAGUAAUAAUAUAAAUAAUAAUAGUAAUAAUGAUACAAAUAAUAAUAAUAAUAAUAUUAAUAACGAUUCAAAAGGUCUACCUAAUAAUUCAUGUUAUGAUGAUCAUUAUAACAAUAUUGAAAAUCAAGAGGAAGAAGAGGAAGGGGAAGACGUUGAAAGAUGGAAUAAUAAAAAUAAUGAUAAUAAAAUGAAAAAUGGUAAUAAUACUUUUGGACAAUUAAAAUAUGAUAGUGCGUUAGAAUCAAAUCUUAUCAAUUUUAUAAACGAGGUAGGUUCAUCUGAUUUUUUAAAAGACACAAAAAUUAAUAAUAAUAAUAAUAAUAAUAAUAAUAAUAAUAAUAACCAUAUUGGGGUAAAUAAAAUGAGCCAACAUAUAAAUAAUAAUAUUAGCAAUAGUAAUACAUUAAAUAAUAGCUUAAAUAUUCAAAAUAUUUCUUCUAGUAAUAGUGCUAUAAGUAAUAAUGGAGUUAUAAAUAAUUAUUCACCUACACAUAUAUAUGAAGUAGACAAUCUCAAUAAUAGUCAAGAUUAUUAUUUAAAAAAUGAAGAAAUAAAAAAUGAAUUAAACAAAAUAGAGGAUAAUAAAAAUAAAAAGGAUAUUUCAAGCACAAAUAGUAUGUUAAAACAUUUUAUGAAUGAUGAUAUAUUGAUAAAUAAUAAAGUAAACCAACAAACUUUUUUUGAUAGUCACAACAAUUAUAAUAAGUUAGGAAACAAACAUAUGAAAACAUCUGCUUAUACAGAAAGUUCACUUGGAUUAAGUUUUAGAAAAAAUGGAUAUAUUAAUGAUUGUGACUUAGUUAAUAAUAAUAACAAUAAUAAUAAUAAUAAUAAUAACAAUAAUAAUAAUAAUAACAAUAAUAAUAAUAGUAAUAAUAUUAAUAACGUGAAUAUAAAGGACAAUGAUGCUAUACUAAAUAAAUUGAUAUCUUCUAACCACGAUAGUAAAGAUAACAAUAAUAACAAUGUUAAAGAUAAAAAUAGAGAAGAGACUAAUAAAAGUACUUAUAAUAAUAAUAACAAUAAUAAUGAUAGAUCUAUCGGAAGUUAUGUAAACAAUCUUGGUGUAAUAGAAGGUCGAAGUGAGAAUAAUAAAGGAACAGAUGAAAACACAAAAACAUUUAAUAAUAAUAAAACAUUAAAUAAUUAUGAACCAGAAAAUAAGUCUUAUAAUUACACUCCAGUAAUUGAUGAAACUCUAGAAGAAAGAGAUGUGAGAAUAAAUAGAGAAGUAAGCAAAUGUAAAUUUGUAGAUGGAUUAAUAUAUGAUGAAGCUAAUAAAUGUUUUAGAAUAAAAAUUAAUGGUUAUAGAAAAGCAUAUUCUGUUAUUAGAAGAGGAGUAAAAGAAGCUUAUAAAUUAAGUAUUGAAUCUAUAGAACAAAUUAAAAGACAAACACAAAUGAAUACUUUUAAUAAUAAUGAACAGCCACAAGUUAAUACAAAUAAUAUGACACAGUUAUACAAUUCAAGUUCUGAAAAUUCACGACAUGGAUCAUGUUAUAAUUAUCAACAUAAUAAUAAAAGUAAGUUAGAGAAUUCGAAUGAUAAUCCUGAAGAAAAAUAUGAUCACAUCAAUAAUAUGAGCAAUAUAGGACAUGAAAAUAAACAGAGGGCUGAAGAAAGUUUGUUUCCAAUGUUAAAUGUAGAUGAUAAAUAUUAUGAACUUCUUAAAACAUCCAUUAUUAUAUGUCUAAACGAUAUACUUAUGAAUUGUAUACCUCAAGUAUUUCACCUAUACAAAAAUAUCAAUAUGUCAAAUGACAUUAAAUUAGAAGAUAUAUUAUGCAAUGAAAGGAAAAGAAAAGAACAGUCUUUAAAAUAUCAUAUUGAAUAUACACAAAAUGCUGUAGGUGUCUCAUCCCUUAUACCUUACUUGAAAUUAUUUAGUACCGAAAUUUUAAAUAACGUUUUACCAUCAGCACAAUCCUUGGAAAUACAAAGAUUAAUAAUUCAUUCGUUGGAUAUACAAACAUAUAAUACAUUAUAUUAA